AUGGCACAAGCACAUCCUCAAGUAAAGAUCCACCGUCAAUCGAUCGACAGCAGGGAAGACUUCUGGCUCAAAGCUUCUCGGUCCAUCCACUGGCAUAAGCCGCCCACUGUCGCCUACGGUCCCACUUCCAACCGCGAUGCUGCCUACUUGGAUCCUCAGGGUCACACCUGGUUCCCAGAUGCGCAGCUCAACACCUGCUACUCUGCCUUAGAUCGUCACGUUUACGCACCCGCCCAUGCAUCCGCUACGCCCGUGACAGUGUCGCCGGACACGCCGCACCUCGCACUCGCACCAACCGCACACAGGGUCGCCUUCCACCAUGUCUCGCCGCUCUCCUUCCAAACCCAGCAGUCGCGUUCGAUCACCUACUUUGAGCUCCUCCAACAGGUUCAGAUCGUAGCAGGUAUACUCAGACACAAGGGCGUGGGUAAGGGAGACGCGGUGGUCAUCUACAUGCCGAUGGUUCCCGAGACUUCGAUCGCCAUGUUGGCGUGUGCCAGGAUCGGAGCUGUGCACUCGGUGGUGUUUGGCGGAUUUGCACCCAAGGAGCUGGCGAAGAGGAUCCAGGACUCGGGCUGCAAGAUGGUCAUUGCCGCUAGUUGCGGACUGGAGCCCAAGGGUCCCGUCGACUACAAGCCGUUGGUGGACGAGGCGUUGAAGGUGUCGGAGCACAAGCCGCAAUCCGGAUUGCUGUUUUUGCGACGACACACGAUCAAAGGCCACACCCCCGCCCAAUGCGCACGCGACGGAGGAAACGGUCCUGCCAAUCUUCCCGAAUGGGACUGGGAGGUCGAAGCCAGGCUGACCGCUGACAAGGUCGCCGGCCGUUCGCCGUGCUGGGAAUGCGUUCCCGUCGCGAGCGAAGACCCCAUCUACACCAUCUACACCAGCGGCACCACCGGUGCUCCCAAGGGAGUCUGUCGUCUCUCCGCCGGUCACAUCGUUCAGCUCCGCUACUCGAUCGAACAUAUGUUCGGCAUGACCCCUAACGACGUCAUGUUCUGCGCCUCCGAUCUCGGCUGGGUCGUAGGCCACUCCUACAUCCACUACGGACCCCUGCUUCUGGGUGCGACUUCCAUCAUCUUUGAAGGCAAGCCUGUCAUCCCCGACGCGGGCAUCUGGUGGAGGAUCUGCUCGCAGUACAAGGUGACGCAGAUGUUCUGCGCGCCCACCGCAUUGAGGGCGAUCGUGGGACAGGAUGCAGAUGCCAAAUUGAUGCGUGCUCCCGGUGUGGACCUAAGGAGUUUGAGGACACUGUUCUUGGCUGGAGAGAGGAGCGAGCCUCAGAUCGUGGCCAAGUUUGAGAGGUUGUUGAAGGAGCUGGCUGCACCUGGUGCGCAGACGAACGACAAUUUCUGGUCGAGCGAGUCGGGUUCGCCCAUCACAGGGUUGAUGCUGUCUUCCGCAUUCGGUCCCUUGCCCGCUCGUCCGGGAAGUGCAGGUCUUCCGAUGCCAGGUAUGGACGUACGAAUCGUCGACGAUGACGGUCGUGAGGUGUCCCGUGGCGAGAUGGGAAAUCUCGUCCUAGCCCCACCUCUCGCACCCUCCUUCCUCGGCGGUCUAUGGCGCAACCCCGACCGAUUUUUCGAGUCCUACUUCUCCACCUUCGCCUCCAAAGGUGGCUGGUUCGAGACCGGCGAUCAAGGCGUCAUCGACCCGGACGGCUACGUCUCCAUCCUCGCCCGUUCCGACGAUAUCAUCAACGUCUCCGCCCAUCGUCUUGGAACAGGUCUCAUCGAACAGGUCGUCACUUCCCACCCAGACGUCAUCGAGUGCGCUGUCGUCGGCGCUCCCGACAAACUCAAGGGACAAUCCCCCUUCGCCAUCGUCGUCGCUCACAGCCGCAUCGCUGCUGCUACGGGAGACGAGUCGCACAACUCUGCUCAGAGCGAUUCGGCGAAGCAGAUGCUGAAGAGCAUCAACGAUCACGUGAGGAAGGAGAUGGGUCCGAUCGCUCAGUUGAGCGGAUUGAUCGAGGCUCAGAAGCUGCCAAAGACGAGGAGUGGCAAAACGCUCAGGAGGAGUUUGAGGCAGGCCGUGGAGAACGCUGCUGCCGGCAAGAGGAAUGCACCUGUCGACUUCCCUCCCACCAUCGAAGACAAGGACGUCAUCGAUAUCGUGCGCAAAGCCAUCGAGCAAUACUUUGACGCAGUUGACGGAAACGCUUCCGCAGAUACUGCCCCUCUCAGCGAUACGUCUGGCUCAGCCACAUCUGCUUCACAGUCAGUUCCAGCCGCAGCUCUGCCUGCCAACGUCAAAUCCAACAUGAAGGCUCUCCAACUCGAGCGUCCGGAAGGAGAACCCAAGAAGGGCCAGCGCAACGUUGCUGCGGUGCGAGAUGUUCCCACGCCCAAGCCUAGCUCGAACCAGGUCCUGGUCAAGAUCCUCGCUGCAGGCUUCAACCGUCGUGACGAGUGGUCCAUGGUCGGUGCUUACCCGGGUCUGAUCUUCGGCAAUGCAACGAUGGGCUGCGACGGUGCAGGCAAGAUCGUCGCUCCCGAAGGCUUCGACUUGCCCAACGAGCAUCCUGACAAAGUCGUCCUCCUCGUUCCAACCCGUGGUUGGGAGACCGACGUCCACGGACCUGAAGCCGAGCUUCCCGGUCUGUCCGACGAACAGCGCACCAACGGUCUUGGCGGUAAAGGGUUCGGGAUCCUCGGCGCGACGAAACCGACGAAUGGAGUUGGAACCUUUGCCGAAUACGUAGCCGUCGAAAAGGACCAGCUUGUAGCGGCACCCAAGCACCUCACACCCGAACAAGCGGCGACCCUUCCCUGUGCUUCCGUCACCGCCUACCGCGCCUUGUUCACCAAAGCACAGGUGAAAAAGGGAGAGAACGUCUUGCUCACAGGUGUAGGUGGAGGUGUCGCCAUGCUGGCCUUACAGAUGGCGGUAGCAGCCGGUGCCAACGUGUACGUCACCGGCGGUUCGGCCGAAAAGAUCUCUCGCGCAGUCAAGCUAGGCGCCAAAGCAGGUGCCGAGUACAAGGACAAAGAUUGGCCGACCAAGAUCCUCAAACUCCUGCCACGCUCUCGACCGUACCUCGACAGUGUGAUCGACAGCGCGGGAGGCGAGAUCGCAGUGCAAGCGCAGAAAGCCGGCUUGAAGGCAGGCGGUAGAGUCGUCAUCUUCGGCAUGACAGCUGCGCCCAAAUUGUCAUUUACGAUGCGUGAGGUGCUCAAGAACAUCGAGGUGCUGGGCUCGACUAUGGGCAGCAAGAGGGAGUUCGCCGAGAGCAUCAGGUUUGUAGAGAAGCACAGGAUCGUGCCGGUUGUGGAUACGGUGUUGGAUGGGCUGGAGCAGGCGGAGAGGGGGUUCGAGCUGUUGAGCGAGGCGGAUAAGAGGUCUGGGGGUAAGGUGGUGAUCAGGGUGAGCGAGGUGGAGGGGGCGAGGAGUAAGUUGUGA